AAUACUGUUUUAGUUAUCGAACCGAUUAUAUAUAGAGAAGCGGUCUAAAUUUGGAAUAAUUAAAUUAAAUUAAAAAAAAAAUUUGAAAAUGUUUUUAAUAACAAAGAAAAACACAUUUUUCAUUUUAACACUUGUACUACUGGCAUGUUUCAUUGAAGACAGUGAAGCUAAACGACGUGUUCUUAGAGGUCGAAGAACAAUUACCCGAACAUAUAGUCGUGGGCUCGGUAUUCCAGCAUGGGCAAUAAUUUGUAUUGUGGCCAUAUUACAAGUUUUAUUAGGUGUUGGCCUUUAUUUUGGUAUGAGAAAAUGGGUAUUAUUAAUACCAUCAAAUCUACCAUAUCCUACAAAUACAUAUGCACCAGCUAGACAAGAAGAUGUUUAAAGAGAAUUUUUUGAAGGAAUUACGUUUAUUUUUAAUGUAUAUGACAUAAAAUUCAAUUCCAUUGAAAUUUUUUUUAAUUAAAAAUUUGUUAAUAUAAUAAUUUAAAAUUAAUAUACACUUUUUACAUUUGUAGGUUAUUCAUAAAAAUAAAAUA